GCGCCAUGGCGGCCUACCUGACGCACCAGCAGAAGGUGCUGCGGCUCUACAAGAAAUCCCUGCGGCACCUGGAGUCCUGGUGCAUCCACCGGGACAAGUACCGGUACUUUGCCUGCCUCCUGAGGGAACGGUUUGAUAAGAACAAGGAUGUGAAGGAUAUGGUGAAAGCUACCGAGCUGCUGAAGGCAGGCGAGGAGGAGUUCUGGGCUAACCAGCAUCCCCAGCCCUACAUCUUCCCCGACUCCCCUGGGGGCACUUCCUAUGAGAGAUACGAGUGCUACAAGCUCCCUGAGUGGUGCUUGGAUUACUGGCACCCCUCGGAGAAGGCGAUGUACCCCGAUUACUUCGCCAAGCGCGAGCAGUGGAAGAAGCUGCAGCGGGAGAGCUGGGAUAAGGAGAUCAAGCAGUUAGAAGAAGAGACCCCAGCGGAUGGCCCGCGGACUGAAGCCUUGCCCCCGGCUCGUAAGGAGGGGCACCUGCCGCCGCUGUGGUGGCACUAUGUCACGAGACCUCGUGAAAUUCCCAUGUAG